AUGGCUACUCGGACCAUCUAUAUUGUGCCAGCACGACAAGGUAAUACAUUCCCAUUUGCUUCAUUUCCAGCUAGGACUGUUACUGUUACUCGACGAGUGCCAAUACCAGCUAGACCGACGCCAAAUGCUACACCCGCUGAUGUCGGUUUUAAAAAACCGGCGAAGAAGAGUGUAUUAACGUCUGGAAAAGCUGUUUUAAAAAAUUAUCCAGAGCCUAUUGUACGAAAACGACAAGCGUCUUCGGAACUAGAUCCAGCUAUUGAAGAAAUUCUUGGAUAUAGGAGUGCUGAAGCGCCACCAGUACGUAAACGUGAACGGUUAAGCCACUUGACGGCUGAAGAAAAACUAAAUCGUCGUAAGCUGAAAAAUCGUGUUGCUGCACAAACUGCACGUGAUCGGAAAAAAAUACGUACCUGUAAACUGGAAGAGGCAGUACGAAAAUUGGUGGCUGAAAACGAAUUACUGCGGGCUGAAAACAAACGUAUUACUGAGAUGUGCGAUGAGUUAAAGUUCCAGAAGCAUGAACUGGAAAAGGUUUUGGAUGAAGAAAGGCAGCAGAGAGGCACGAAUACCUCAUGUAACAACCAGUCGUCCUUUGGAUCUGCAGCAUCCAUUCGCGGGCCCCAGCAGAGGGAACAGGCGAUUGUGUUACUGAGGGAAGACAGUGAACUUGAACAGUUUUGCUCGGAAAUGCUUGGUAGCAAAGAAGAAAAAGAGCCUACCACUUCUGGCGAAGUUUCCAGUACCUCGGAAAUCAGCAGCGCGUCUGGAGUGGAUAGCACGGAACAGGAUUUCAAUUUAGUUGCACAGUAUACUCCAAAUAUUGUUAAUGGCCUCAUAACUUCGACAGGAGAACCUGGAAGGUAUUCUGUGCUGUCACCGCAGUCUGUCACUUCGCUUCCCGAUUAUGAUUCCUACAAACCGCAUAGUUCGCCACCUGCACAACAGGUUCCAAAUCCAUCUACUAAUGGACUCGAGUUUGAAAAGUGUGGAAGUUCGCCCACGAUGGGCGACCAGUUUUAUUUCGAUGACAACAAGGAAAGCAGCUUUGUUCCAUCUCCAUUCAUUGGCGAUGACGAUCCGUUAUUGGGAACGGAAUCCUGGGAGCAGUUAACUGAUCUUUCUGAAUUUUUUGAUACUGAACUCGAAGGUUACUGA